AUGAAUCGAUCAGUGAUCCUGCCUGAGUCGGCCCUGGUGGUGGUCCCAUUGGACCAGGUGGAGGUCCAGUUGGACCAGGUGGUGGUCCCAUUGGACCAGGUGGUGGCCCUGCUGGGCCUGGGGGUGGCCCUAAAGGUGUGGAGGAAAAGCUGGUUGAUACAUGGGAGGGUGAAGAGCUUGUUGACACCUGUGUUGGACAUGCUGCAGGCGGUGGCCCAGCAGGACCUGAAGGUGAAGCACUGGCAGAUACAUGUGAAGGUCCGGGUGGUUUGUUGGGACCUGGCGGAGGCCCAGCUGGUCCUGGCGGUGGCUGGGAUAGUGGUGGCCCUGGAGGCCGGCUGGCUGGACCUGGUGGUGGUCCUGAUGUACCAGAAGGUGGUUGGGACAGCGGGGUCUGGGAUAGUGGUGGCUGGGAUAGUGGUGGUUGGGACAGUGGCGGUCGCGAUGGACCACCUGGUGCUGCUGGCAAAGCUGACGGUCUGGCUGCAGGUCCUGGUGGUGGGCCUGCUGGGCCUGGUGGUCGAUUGGGACCUGGUGGCGAGCCAGUGGGUCCUGGUGGAGCCGCAGGGCCAGGUGGUGGGCCAGAAGGUCCUGGUGGGCUGCUUGGAAGUGUUGGUUGAGCUGGUGGUUGUGCUAAAGGUGGUUGUCCAAGUGGUGGACCUCUUGGUCUUGGUGGACCAGCAUCUGGUGCACUUGGUGCCGUUGGUGGUUGUGCUAGUGGUGCGCCUUUGGGUGCUGCUGCUGGCAGUGCGGCUGGCAGAGCCGUUGGCAGUGCAGGAUGGUCCAAGCGGCACACCUAGUGAACCUGGUGGUGCACUGGUGGAUUUGCUGAUCACAGGAACUGGUGGACUUGCAGGUCCAGGUGGUGGUAUGGCAGGAGUGGGUGGGCUUCCCACUGGCACUGCGCUCAUGGACUUGCUAAUAACGGGUACUGGUGGUGCGGCAGGGCCCGGUGGCGGGCUUGCUGGUCCACUGGGCACAGCUGGCACUGCAGGUGCAGCUGGUGUUGAUGUUGAGGCACCAAUGUUUGGCGUGAGACUGACACAGCUGACAGCUGAGGAGGCUGUGGAGCACCUGCUUACCAAGGCACCGCCGGAGCAGGAACAGCAGCCACAGCCGGAACUGUUGGAAUCGCCGGAACAGUCGCUGGAACUGCCGGAACUGCCGGAACCGCUGGAACAGCUGGAACCGCUGGUGCCGCAGUCGGCACUGGAGCCGGCUGGGCAGGCACUGGCUGCGCAGGGACCGGUGCAGCAACUGGUGCUGGUGCUGCUUGCUGUGGCUGUAGGGCGGGGGUCGAAACCUGGGGCCGACAGCUAA